AAGAGCAAUUUUUCGUUUUUUUGGAUAAAACUACACAAGAAAGAACAGGUAGUUUUAUAUAAACAGAUAAAAUAGAAGAUGAUGGGAGAUGGGAGUAUGAAUCUUCCUCCUGGUUUCCAGUUUUGCCCUACAGAUGAAGAACUCAUCACUCACUUUCUCUACAGGAAAGCUUCUCGUUUACCUUGUCAUCCCAACAUUCCCCAUCUCCAUUUCUACCGUUCUGAUCCUUCCCACCUCCAAGGGAAAGCAGUGGUGAGCGGGAACAGAUAUUACUUCUUUACCCAAGUGGGAUCUAAGGAAAUUAACGGAGGGAAGACAGAGAAUGGAUAUUGGAAGGCAGUUGAUGAAGAAGAAGAAGAAGAAGAAGAAGGAGAAGCCAUUUUCAGUCGUGGUAAUAAGCUCCUAAUUGGGACCAAAAAGCAUCUUGUCUUCUUUCUUGGUCAACCUCCUUCUGCUAUUCAAACCAACUGGUUCAUGGAACAAUAUCACCUCCCUACCUCUAAUAUUACUUCUUCAGAGAGGAAAAAAUGGGUUUAUGUAGAGUUCAUGAUGGUGGGUGAAGGGAAUUCUCAGGGUUUUUCUCACAGUAGCAGUGGUGAUAAUGAUGAGGAUGGAAUCGAGCUUUCAUGUUUGGAUGAAAUGUUCUUCUCCUUACAUGAUGAUCUUGAAGAUGUAACUUCUCCAAAUUAA